UCGCCAACUCCCAUAUCAAGGAACCAAGUCAAGAUGUCGGGACAAAAUGAAGCAUUACAGAAGAUGCUGCAGGAGAUCAGCCAGAAACAGGCCUUCGCCGAGCAGCAACUUCUGAUUGUCCGCCAGCAAAAGGCGGCGCGUACACGAGAGGGCCGUAUGCUGCAGUUGACAUCGGCUGAGGUCUCUUCAUUGCCUGCUGAGACAAGAGUAUAUGAAGGUGUUGGAAAGAUGUUCGUUUGCACACCAAUUCCGGACGUGCAGAAACGCCUUGAGGUUGAAGAGAAGGCAAAUAUGGCAGAGAUGACGAAUCUAAACAAGAAGGAGGACUACCUGGAGAUGACCUACAAGAACAGCAAGAGCGCUAUCGAGGAGGCGCUCAAGAGGCAGGGCUGAAGUAGAGCUAUCGAUUUGGGAGAGUGGGCAUGCGAUGUAUAGCCCAGUACUUCUACAGUGAUCUGAGUAAAUGCUUGUCAUCAAUACGGGCAACAUAUCAGCGAAAGCAUCGACGCAAGCCAGCUCGGCGGGGACAGAUGACGGAGCGCACGACUCCGCAAAUAGCAGAACCUCGGUCAGGUAUUGCAGAACCAAGUAC